GCGUGCUGAGCUCCUGCCGUUCCAAGUUUGGAGCUUUUCUGCUGGCAGCCCUGGCCCAUCAUGUAGGUGCAGAGCUCGGCUGCAAGUGGGGAUAUCAGAGAGAGUGAGAGAAAAAAAAAGAACAGCGAGAUUGAGAAGGGGGAGGGCGUUUUGUCCAGUUUGCAUUUGCUACUUGCACUUGUGCAAUUCCGCAGAUCCAGCCGAGCGAGGAGUCCUGCAGCAGCCCGAUCCUGCAUGAACUAGACUGGCAGUUUGCAUCUUUGUUGUACAACUAGAGAGAGAGGGGAGAGGCAAAGUCUUUUGUGCACCCCUCCCCCAGCCCAGCACAGGGGAGUGAGAAAGAAUGGCUCAACCGAGAGGCAGGAAGAAAAAUCCAGGGCUGAAAAUUCCAAAGGAAGCAUUUGACCAGCCGCAUGCCAGCUCUCCGACGCCUCCACGGGACUUGGACUCUAAAGCCUGUAUCCUCAUAGGAGAAAAGAACUUUGAAGUUAAGGCUGAUGACUUGGAACCAAUAGAAGAACUGGGCCGGGGAGCCUAUGGAGUCGUGGAGAAGAUGCGCCAUGUUCCCAGUGAGCAGAUAAUGGCAGUGAAGCGCAUCAGAGCUACUGUGAACAGCCAAGAACAGAAAAGGCUGCUGAUGGACCUGGAUAUCUCUAUGCGCACAGUGGAUUGCCAUUUUACUGUCACAUUUUAUGGGGCUUUAUUUAGAGAGGGGGAUGUCUGGAUCUGCAUGGAGUUGAUGGACACGUCACUGGAUAAAUUUUACAAGGAUGUGAUUGACAAAGGCCUGACCAUCCCCGAGGACAUACUAGGAAAAAUAGCAGUUUCAAUUGUUAAAGCAUUAGAACAUCUGCAUAGCAAACUCUCCGUAAUCCACAGAGAUGUGAAACCCUCCAAUGUACUGAUCAACAAAGAAGGUCAGGUGAAGAUGUGUGACUUUGGAAUUAGUGGUUAUCUCGUUGACUCUGUAGCCAAAACCAUGGAUGCCGGCUGCAAACCUUACAUGGCUCCUGAAAGGAUAAACCCAGAACUGAACCAGAAAGGAUACAGUGUGAAAUCUGACAUUUGGAGCCUUGGAAUCACAUUGAUUGAACUGGCCAUUUUACGGUUUCCAUAUGACUCCUGGGGGACCCCCUUCCAACAGCUAAAACAGGUGGUCGAAGAGCCGUCCCCACAGCUGCCUGCAGACAAGUUUUCUGCUGAAUUUGUUGACUUUACCUCAAAGUGCUUGAAGAAAAAUUCCAAAGAGCGUCCAACUUAUCCAGAGCUUAUGCAACACCCUUUCUUUGUGCUGCAUGAAUCCAAGAACACUGAUGUGGCAUCUUUCGUUAAACGUAUCUUGGGAGACUAAAUCUGCCAUAAAGGCUGGUCUCACCUUCUCAUGGACUUUUCCUCUGACAGGACAUGGAAUGGCUUAAAGUGGCUGUCCUACUUAAUCAAGCACCAGUAGAAAUGACUCAUGGGACUGGGAAAACUGGACUCGAUAUUUCUUUCUAAUGGCCAUUCUUUGCUACAGAACGGUUUUUCCAGCAUGGAAAGAUUUCUAACCCCUAUGCUGCCAUAGGUGCCCUUAUGGCUGUACAGGUGUUACUAUAGAUGCCUCUUACCAAAUGGUGUAACUUUGACUGCUGCCGUAUAGGGUUAAUAUUUAGGUUUCCUAUUCUUUUAGACCUUUUGUAUUGGUUCUAGGUGCUAUUGUAGUUCCUCUUUAACAUGGUUUCUUCUAUAUUUUUUCUUCCCUUCCUACUAUUGUUUUGGAGAUAUUUAUGUUCUGUAUUCUGAUUAGGUUUGGUUUUUAUGAAAGGACGUGUGUGUGAUAUAAAAGGAGAACCGUGGCAAAUAUUUAUAGGGUUUUGCUGGUGAGAGGGUGAAAUCUUUUGUGUCCUCUAUUAUUUAAGUUUUUUUUUUUUUUUGGUUUCUAAAAUUUUUCUUUGGAUCGAGAAUAGGUAUAUGUGCAGAGAUUAUGACCUGGUCACACAUGAAUAAAUAGAGUUGGCUUGUUGCUGAUUACUGAAGGGCAGGCAGUUGUCCUCAUCGUCUACUAGUGUUAUCUGAAGCCUUAAUAACAAUCUUAAAAAGUCAAGAUUUGUUUUUUCUGUAGAAUAAUCAUGAGGAUCUAUAAUGAUGUUACACCUGAAAGAGAAGAUAAUUAAAACAAUUUACCUCUCCUGUGGUGAGCAAUCCUAUUGACAGUUUGUAGUUACAUAAAGCAGGCCCAUCUGUCGCUCCUAUCUCCCUUCUUAUUUCAAACAUCUUGCAACUUUGGUUAAUAAUAGGGUAAUUUAGGGCCAACCAAUCCUUUCCCUUGUCAGCACAGACUUUUGCUGUUACCAGUAACCUUUGAGGUUUCUAUUGAAGUCAAACUCUUCCCAGAGGUUGUCUUCCUCUUUGUCCUUUGCCCCCUACUUUUCUCAUUUUUCCUGUUGGAGGAUUUUGCUUGUGCUUUACUCUUUUUACUUUGUAUUUUACAGCAUUUAGAAAUUAUAUAUAUAUUUUUUUUUCUGUAUUUUCUACAUUUUUUUCCCUGAAGAGGUCUGCAACUGAUUAGCCUUUCCCCCCUAUAUACAUCUACAUGAGGGUGAAUCCAUUUUUUUUUUUUUUAUUAUUUAUAACCAUUUUUUUGCUGCGUGAGGCACCUGCAGGUCAUUGCAAGAGGUAAACCAGUCAUGGUAUCCAUGACCAAUAGAAAUGUUUGUAUUGUGCAGAGGUGAGUUUAUUCAGGGCAUCUUUUUCUGUUUAGUCUAAAUUUGGCCAUUGUAUGUUGUAUGCCUUUUACAGGGUCAACAGCAGAUACUGUGGGGUUAUAAUACUAUUAGGGAUGCACCAAAUCCACUAUUUUGGAUUUGGCCAAAUCCCCAAAUCCUUCGCGAAAGAUUCGGCCGAAUACCAAUCCGAAUCCUAAUUUGCAUAUGCACAUUAGGGGUGGGAAGGGGAAAACAUUUUUUACUUCCUUGUUUUGUGACAAAAAGGCACACGGUUUCCCUCCCCAUCCAAUAUUUGCCUAUGCAAAUACGAAUUCGGAUUCGGUUCGGCCAGGUAGAAGGAUUCGGAUGAAUCCGAAUUCUGCUAAAAAAAAGUCCGAAUCCCGAACCGAAUCAUGGAUUCGGGGCAUCCCUAAAUACUAAGUAUGUCCUUAAUGUGCAAAACACAGAGAAAACUAGUAUAUUUCCAAUCCAGUGAUAUGUCUUGCAUACCAAUUAUAUUUUUUAAUGUCAAA